AUUUGGAAUAGAAGUCUUUAACGAAUUAUACAAUUUUUAAUUUAUAUUUAAUUCCUUAAAAAUGGAUGCAGAACAAAAUUCUUUUUUUCAAUUUAUGAAAAAAUUAUUUUAUCUAUUAGACGCACCAGUUGAAUAUUUUCGAGAAAAAGUAGUCACACCAAAUCAAAAAAAAUAUCCAUGGUAUCAUCAAAAUUUUCGUCGUGUCCCAACAAUUGAUGAAUGUUAUGAAUCGGAUGUAAUUUGUCGUUGGGAAGCACAAAAACAAUUUGAACGUGAUAAGAUGGUUGAUGAUGAGAUCCUUAGUAUCUUGAGACAACGAUAUGAAGAUUGUGGUUGGUAUUAUGGGGAUGAUAAAGAUAAAUAUUGUAAUGAUUUAUAUAAAACUUAUCAAGAUGCAAGUACUGCAUGGUUUAUAAAAUAUGGAGAUAUUGGUGUACCACUAAGUGUAGUUGAUGCAUUUAUGAAACAAAAGCAUCGUAUGAUUUGGGAACGACGUCAUGGUCCAGUUGGUAGUGGUAUUACUAAUAAAAGAUAUGAUAUAUAAAUUAUUAAUUCAUCUCAGUUUGAGAUUACAGGUGCAUUUGCAUCAUUGUAUAGAUAGAUAUUCUGUAAAAGAGAUAAAAUAAAUUAAUGUAUUAUAUUAUAAA